AUGCGCCGCGCGAUAUCGCGCCUCGCCCGGCUCGAGGCGGACGCUCGCGCGGCGCGCGCGCUAUCCUCAUCGGCCGCGUCCGCGUCCACGAGCGGCCGCGACCGCGUCGGAACGUCGCGCGCCGCCGCGGUCAUCACGGACCUCCGCGCGCGACGCGAGACGAGCUGGUGGGAUCGCAACGCCGCGCGGAACGAGCGGCGCGAGAAGGAGCGCCUUGAGCGCCGCGAUCGCGCGCUCGCGGCCGGCGACCUCGCCGCGAUCGUCAAUCCGCCGCGUCGCGUCGCGCUCGGGCGCGAGAAGAACGUCUUGCUGAACAGAGAGCUCCUGAACGCGCGAGGCGCGGAAGAGAUCCUCGCGCUGUGCGUCGACCGGCGCGACGACUUCGGUACGUUCUAUACACUGGUCCCCAUACGACCGCGUUGGCGUGGUGAACGCCGAUCCUUAAGGACUUUGCCCGGCGUGUCUCUCCGCCCACCCCUCGCGUUCAAUCCCCGCCCUCGACGCCUUUCAACUCCAACUGACGCCUUUCAACUCCACCCCGACAACGCUUUAGACUUCGUCGCGGUCGCGACCGCGAUCGUCGAGCUCGCGACGCGCCAGCGCGCGCUGCCGUGCGGCGACGACAACGGGCACGUCCACGUGAUGAGAACAAAAACAAAAACGCAUCCGACGAAGCCGUCACGAAGCGGCUACGCGGCGUGGGAGUACUCGCCCGCGACCAGGGCGCUCGUGUCGGACCCGCGGUACAAGGCGCUUCUCGAGCUCGCGCGAUCGAAGCUCCACGAAUUUCGUGCGAGAGAGCUCGCGAACGUCCUUCGCGCGCUCUCGUCGCUGCACGUCCCCGCGGAAGACGCGGAAGACGAGCGCGAGCGCUCGCCGCACGUCAGAGGGCGCGGAAAGGCGAGGGAGCGGUGGGAGGGAGAGGCGAACUACGCCCCCGAGCGCGAGAUCGUCGCCGAUUUCGCGCGCGCCGCCGAGGAUCUCCUCAGGCGCGUCCUCCGUUUACACUGGUCCCCGUACGACCGCGUUCGCGUCGUGAACUUCAUUCCUUAA